GGAGCGCGCCAGCAAGUCGACCCUCGGCCCCCACGAGAAGACGUCCCCCUUCAUAAACUGGUCAGGAGGGGCCACCACCCACACAGGCUAUAAGAGAUAUCAGUCAAUUGUGGACAUUAUGACUGGGAUGAGGAACAGUUAUCCAAAUCUCGUCCAGGAGGUCGGCAACCUGAGUCCCCAAACCCACGAGGGACGAAACAUCGCAUACAUCAGGUUUGGUACCGGAGGAGUUAAGCCGGUGAUAUUCAUCGAGUCACUGAUUCACGCCAGGGAGUGGAUUGCUGGAGCAUCUGUUUUGUACUUCAUGGAUCGGCUGGUGAGCAAGUACGCCAUGGACGCUGACGCAAAAUACAUGCUGGACAACUACGACAUUUACGUCGUUCCUGUCGCUAAUCCUGACGGCUACGAAUACACCCAUACCAAUAACAGGCUGUGGAGAAAGAACCGAUCUCAACCCCAAGGGAACUGCAGAGGUGUCGAUCUCAACAGGAACUUCGACGCAUACUGGAACACCGUCGGCGUCAGUAACCAGUGCUCGAGCGACAUCUACUGCGGUACGUCGGUGUUCUCAGAGGCCGAGGCCCAGGCUAUCAGGAACAAAGUGUCAGAGAUCAACUCCGGAGGUCAACGUCUUCUCGCUUACCUUGCUGUCCACUCGUACUCGCAGCUGUUGCUUACGCCCUAUUCGUACGCAAACGACCGCCCGGGCAACGCCGCCGAAGUGGACGCCGUUGCUGAGCUGAUGAACGACGCGCUAAAGGCGCCAUUCGGAACUAACUACAUAUGGGGCCAUGGACCUGAUGUGCUGUACCCAGUGUCCGGUGCUAGCGACGACUGGGCGAUGCUAAGCGGUGGUGCAAGGUACGUCUACACCUACGAACUGAGACCCAAGUCAAACAAUCCCGGCUUCACCAUCGGCGCUGAAUACAUUAUCCCCAACGGCUACGAGUUCUGGCUCUCCACGGUCGCCAUGGCAUGCAACAUGAACGCGGGGGCACCGAACUGCAACUUCUAAUUAUGCAAACACGCCGACCUCUUACAUAUCCACAAAAAAAUGGUAUCUAUUAUCGCUAUGGUGAAUCCCUUGAUGAUGCCUAGUCAUUAUAACGUAAUAAUGAAAUGACGUCAUAUAAUAUGACGUCACCUCGAUCGCGUUUUAGCUUGAUGAUUAUGAACAAUAUCCAAGAA